AUCCCUGGCUGUCCCUCCCUGAACAGAAUAUCCAUUAACAUUGUGCGCUUCAAUCCACUCAGAUUCCUUCAACACUUCCAUUAAUUUCUCUUCGACCUGACAAUUAAUCCAAACAAUAUCACACUAUAUUAUAUAAUUUACAUACCCUUUACUUGUUCAACCAUGACAUCCUCCGCUUCUCUCUCUAUAAAAUCCAAUCUCUCUCCUCCUACAUUUGCUAACCCUUCUUCUUCUUCAAGUUCUCCUACUCUGCUGAAUUUCCCAAUUACUCCCGGAUUUUCAAGUGUUUGUUCCUUAAGAGGGAAACCCAUUAGCGUUAGCUUGAUUGUUGGAGAAUCUAAUUUGUGUGAAUUUAGGAGGCUCAGAAAUAGUGAAAGGAGGCUUCUUGUUAGCGCAAGCAAGAUGACCAUUGCAGAGUUGAGGGAAGAGGACGAAGAGUGCCCUGCUUUGAUCGAGAACGAGACAGUUUCCAGGCCUAGGCGUAUUGCUCUUUUUGUCGAGCCUUCUCCAUUUGCAUAUGUGUCAGGUUAUAAAAACAGGUUCCAAAAUUUCAUCAGAUAUUUACGUGAAAUGGGAGAUGAGGUAAUGGUUGUCACAACACAUGAAGGAGUGCCCGAGGAAUUUUAUGGAGCAAAAAUUAUUGGUUCCCACAGCUUCCCUUGCCCCUGGUAUCAGAAGGUCCCUCUUUCUCUAGCACUUAGUCCUAGAAUAAUUUCAGAGGUUGCACGGUUUAAGCCUGAUAUAAUACAUGCAUCAUCACCUGGGAUCAUGGUUUUUGGUGCUCUCGCUAUUGCAAAACUAUUAUGUGUCCCCAUAGUGAUGUCUUAUCACACUCACGUGCCAGUUUACAUCCCAAGAUACACUUUUAGUUGGCUAGUAAAACCUAUGUGGUUGGUUAUAAAGUUUCUGCACCGAGCUGCAGAUCUUACUCUUGUGCCGUCAGCUGCCAUUGGGCGGGAUCUCGAAGCUGCAAGGGUGACAGCAGCUAAUAGGAUUCGCCUUUGGAACAAGGGUGUUGACUCUGACAGCUUCCAUCCUCGCUAUCGCUCUCAUGAAAUGCGAUUGAGACUAAGCAAUGGUGAACCAGAUAGACCAUUGAUAGUCCAUGUUGGGCGACUUGGAGCAGAGAAGAGCUUGGAUUUCCUUAAAAGUGUCAUGGAUAGGCUUCCAGAUGCACGAAUUGCUUUCAUAGGAGAUGGGCCAUAUAGGGGAGAGUUGGAAAAUAUGUUUUCGGGGAUGCCGGCUGUGUUUACUGGGAUGUUACAUGGGGAAGAGUUAUCUCAGGCGUAUGCCAGUGGGGAUGUUUUUGUGAUGCCAUCAGAAUCUGAAACGCUCGGUCUUGUAGUUUUGGAGGCCAUGUCUUCAGGAGUUGCUGUAGUGGCAGCGCGUGCUGGUGGAAUUGUUGAUAUAAUUCCAUCAGAUCAGGAAGGCAAAACUGGCUUCUGCUUUAGUCCUGGAGAUGUGGAUGACUGCAUGGCCAAAUUGAAGCCUCUCUUGGACAAUCAUGAACUAAGAGACACCAUAGGCAAGGCUGCUCGCAUAGAGAUGGAGAAGUAUGACUGGAGAGCAGCCACUAAAAAAAUACGCAACGAACAAUACAACGCAGCCAUUUGGUUCUGGCGCAAGAAGAGAGCACAGCUACUGAGACCUCUUCAAUGGCUGACGAAACGUCUCUUCCCAUCUACUCAAGCUAUUACCUACAGGUGAUUUUUUUAAGUGAAGAUUUUUUAAGGCGUAGUCAGGGUGUAAACUUCCUUUUGGCAUCAAUAAAACCUGUAUUAGGUGUUUGUAUGGUUGAUUGUUUGUGAUAUGCUCAAUUGUUGUGUACAGUGGACCAAAUUGUGAACUUGUGCUGUAAUUUAUCAUGAAAUGAAGUUAGUUCAAGCAACUAAUUGUUGCUUUAUUAA